AUGGCGCAUCCGUCUAUUAAAAUCGACACCAGCGUCCAGACAACCAAGCGCGGCCUACCAGAGAACAACGAUGCGGGUCUCGAUGUAUUGGGGGACCAGGAUCCUAAGUUGGACACUGGGAAUACGGAAGAUGUCCCGCCGUUCUUGUGCCUAUCUGUCGCGGAGAUCCAUGAGAAGUUUGAGGAUCUAGAAUGGAUGCAGCGGACACGUCUCGCGGAGGGUAUGAUGGCCAAUGACAUGUCGCAUCCUUUCGCUCUCGAGGCCGAUCCGAAGGUCAAGGAGAGGAACCGAUAUCUGAACGUGCAGGCGUGGGCAAAUUGUCGCAUUCACUUGCGAGUCGCCGACGGCGAGUGUGAUUUUAUCAACGCCUCUCCGAUUCUUUUAGAAGACUCUGUGACGAGGGAAAGAAGGAAAUAUAUUGCGACACAGGGUCCCACGCUUGGUCACCUCGCCCAUUUCUGGCACAUGGUCUUCCAUGAAAGUCAAGAAGUCGGCGUCAUUGUUAUGCUUACUCAAACUUUCGAAGCGGGCCGGGAAAAGUGCGCACAAUACUUCCCACUCGACACCGAGCAGGCCUCGAUGGUUCUGCCAACAGACAAAUCGGACAUUUUCUUUGAUGAGGAUGAGCAAACAGAACCUGGCAUUUUGGGCAAAGUCACACUGUUGGAGUCGACUUUCGAUGCUAGCUCUCGAUCUGAAAUCCGCAAACUCGAGCUGUCCAUCGGCUCGCAGUCAAAGAUUGUUUGGCAUUUCCUCUUCGCUGGCUGGGCCGAUUACUCAAAGCCUGAGGGCAGCGAUCGUCAGGCUCUGCUCGAGCUCAUCAAGUUGUCUGCCUCGAAAUCUAGCCUUGACAACCCGCGCAUCGUGCACUGCAGUGCUGGAGUUGGACGGACUGGAACCUUCAUCGCCCUUGAUCAUUUGCUGUGCGAGCUGGAGUCAGGUCACCUAUUGGAUGUCACGGAUCCCGAAGUUGACCCUGUUUUCGAAACCGUCAAUCAGAUGCGCGAGCAACGAAUGAUGAUGGUUUAUAACGAAAUGCAGAUGCAAUUUAUCUACGAGGUCCUCCGCGAACAAACCGACUCCAAGCUAGGCAAGGCUCCAGAUCAUGACCCUGACGCUCCCGACGACGGUGAGGAACGAUCUGCCAAAGUCGCCAAACUCAGUGACAAGGCCGAUUAUCAGCCGACUGCCAAACCAGAGUUGGAGGUUGCCCCAGGUCGCGUUCCUACGCCAACCAGAAGCUGGUCUGGUACGCCGGAAGUAUCUGAUAACGAAUAA